UCUGGUGGUGAUGAUGAUGCUGAUGAUGAUGAUGAUGAUGAUGAUGAUGAUAACGAAGAUGAUGACGACGAUGAUGAUGACGAUGAUGACACAGAAGUGAAAGAAGAGAAUGGGGUUCUAGUUCUCACUGACAACAACUUUGAAACUUUUAUUGAGGGAAAGGACACAGUUUUAGUGGAGUUUUAUGCUCCGUGGUGUGGUCAUUGCAAGCAGUUUGCGCCAGAGUAUGAAAAAAUUGCACAGACUCUGAAGGAGAACGAUCCUCCCAUACCUGUGGCUAAAGUGGACGCAACAGUAGCCACUACCUUAGCAAGCAAGUUCGACGUGUCGGGUUAUCCCACCAUCAAGAUCCUCAAGAACGGGGAGCCGUUGGACUACGACGGAGACCGGUCACAGAGCGCCAUCGUUGAGAGAGUGAAAGAAGUGUCUCUGCCUGACUGGAAACCUCCACCUGAGGCCACGCUGGUGCUGACCAAAGACAACUUUGAUGAGACAGUAAACAAUGCAGACAUCAUCCUGGUGGAGUUCUACGCCCCAUGGUGUGGGCACUGCAAGCGCUUGGCCCCAGAAUACGAGAAGGCAGCCAAGGAGCUGAGCGAGAGAAGUCCUCCCAUCCCUCUGGCCAAGGUUGAUGCCACCUUGGAGAGUGAGCUCGCCUCACGUUUUGGAGUCUCAGGUUAUCCUACCCUGAAGAUCUUCAGGAAAGGCAAAGUGUUUGACUACAACGGACCCAGAGAGAAGUAUGGUAGGUCACCAACUGUCAGUACCUAAAUCUGAUUGUACUAC